AUGUUGCAUAGUAAAAUUUUACUGUGGUCCACAACAGGUGACGAAUGCCGCAUUAUCCUGUUCGAGGAACCGAUAUCAAAUAAGGUGAUUAGGGGUCACGUGAUCAGGAGUGAGGAGGUACCUGAUGAAGGGAGCUGCCGUGUGAUGUGCUAUAUGGAGCCUAACUGUGUGUCCAUCAAUGUAAGACUCGCGCAGGGCGGAAAAUACAAAUGUGAGUUGAAUAACGCCACAGUUGAUGAAAGUAAACUGACCUUCCUUCAGGAAACGGAUGCUUACUACCUGGCUAUUGAGGUAAAUGCUUCACAAAAACUUUACUCAUAAUAGCAAAAGGAUUGAAUGCUGCAGAAAAUUGUACUCAGAGUAACCCGCCCCUUGCUUAAGAUGGCACUUUCUCUCUUUCUUUCUUUUUUCUUCCUUUUUGCUUUGUUUUAAAAGUGGGACUCGAAUUAAAGCUGAUAGACAGUUUGUUUAAUCUGUCUAGUUCCUCUAAGUCUUGCUCGAUAGGAUCUACGUAAUAACUCAAGGGUAGCUGUAAAAAAACUUCAAUAGAGCCCCAGAAAUUUAUCAACUUUUGACGCCUUACUAAAUAAUUUUUGGAUUCAAUUUAUCGAGUGUCAAAAAUCUUUUCUUAUCACUUCAAUGCCUUCUCUUUUCAACAGAAUCCCUGUAGUAGCAGUCCUUGUUUAAAUAACGGAACUUGUCAAGUUGGUUUUACCAGCAAAGGAUUUCGAUGUGUCUGCGUUCACGGAUUUGUUGGAGAAAACUGCAGUGGUACUUUGAAAUCCUUUUUCGAAUUGUACUUAUUUCCUUUUAUGAAUUAAUGAAAAGACUUAGUUUGCUCUUGUGAAAGUUAUGAUAAACAUCAGACAGAAAUACCAUUAGCAAACGUAAAGUGCACCGUCGCGGGUACUGGAAUGACAUAUACUUUUUCAAUCUGCCUUAUACUCAUCACGUUACCUGUCUUUCUCUCAAAAAUAGAGUUAAAUGGGGAUUCAAUAAACUAAUCGUUGUUUUACUCAACUUGCAGUAGGUUACAACUAAGAAAAAAUUUGAACUUUUUAAGGAUGUACACCAUCAACAACAUGGUAACUUUCUAGGAAAAAAUCUUUGUCAAAGAUCCUGUAUUUAUAUCAGAUACGGCUGCGCUCAUAUUUAUGACGAACUGUGGCAUAAUUGAUUCUUCAAAGUAACAGUGCGAAAAAAAUUGCUUUUUCUCAAUACUUCAAUCACUUUUCUUUUUAUAUCGAUUGUGAUGGAAAAGAUAGUUUUUAAUUAUCAAAACAACAUUACUGUAAUCCAUCGUGAGGCUCCCUUCAGCAAGUCAUUUAAAGAAACUUUAAAUUUCCGAUUUUAUAUUCAUGAAAAGACAUAGUUAGCUCUUGCGGGAGUUAUGAGAAACAUCAGACAGAAAUACCACUAGCAAACGUUAAGUGCACCCUCGCGGUUACUGGAACGACAUAUAAUUUUUUAAUCUGCCUUAUACUCAUCACGUCUCCUGUCUUUCUCUCAGAAACAAAGUUAAAAGGGGGUUGACAAAACUAGUCGUUGUUUUACUCAACUUGCAUUAGGUUACAACUAAGAAAAUGUAUUAAUUUUUUGAGGAUGUAUAUCAUCAACAACAUGGUAACUUUCGGGAAAAAAACUUUUUCAAAGAUCCUGUAUUUAUAUCUGAUAUGCUGCGUUCAUAUUUAUAACGAAUUGUGGCAUAACUGAUUCUUCAUUCUAAAAACGUUUUUAACCCACAUUAAGCAAUAUUUUUCGUUUGAAAAUAAAACUCUGUUGAAAUUAACGUAAUAUUUCACUUACAAAUUCAUUUCUUUAUCUUGACAGUAGUAUUCCGACCAAAGUCUUGCAGCGACUUAAAGAGGGUCUAUCCUAAUACAAAAAGUGGACCAUGUACCAUCUAUCCUGAUGGCGAAGGAGGGUCGCAACCAUAUAACGUCACAUGUAACAUGACCGACAAGAACGAAAUUGGCGUGACAGUCGUUAGUCACGACAGCAAGAACAGGACGCUGGUGAACGGAUAUGAAAAAAGGGGAUCUUAUUCACGUGACAUACACUACCAAGGGGCGACCGUUUCUCAGUUGGUGGGUCUCAUCAACGUUUCUAAGCACUGUGAGCAGUUCAUCAAGUACGAGUGCUUAGCUUCUAACUUGAACGAUGGCUUUUGGGUUUCACGUGAUUCCGUGGAAAUGACUUAUUGGGGCGGAGCAACUCCUGAUCCAGAUAGUCCUAUGAAGUGCGCGUGCGGAAUGAAUAACACCUGCGCAAUUAAAGAUGAAGUUUGUAACUGUGUUGCGAAUGAAAACAACUGGCUGGAAGACAGCGGUCUCCUCACUGAAAAGACACAUCUACCGAUUAAACAGCUGAGGUUUGGCGAUACAGGUGGAGACACCGAGCAAGGCUACCAUACCUUGGGAAAGUUAAAAUGUUACUGA